ACGACUGGUCCUGGAAACAUGGCGGACGGAGAGCCGAAUGGAGAUUUUCCAUAUUUACCGUCGGGGGCGGCGGAGGUGAAUAAGAUGAUUAAAGAAAACGGUCACCUGUUCUCCGACUCGCAGUGUAAAGUGUGUAGCGCGGUGCUCAUUUCAGAAUCGCAGAAACUCGCCCAUUACCAGAGCAAGAAGCAUGCCAACAAAGUACGCCGCUACAUGACCAUUCACAAGGAUGAAGAGCCCUCAGUGAAGAGGUUCAAAUCUCCCUCCACUGCCAGCAACAAUGGGGAAGUAGAUCGUCACAAAGCAUGUCCAGUUUGUAAUAUGACGUUCUCGUCGCCAGUUGUAGCUGAGUCUCACUACCAGGGCAAAGUGCACGCCAAGAACCUGAAGUUAAAAACGUACGGUGUCCAGGCCUCGGCCUUGCCUCAGGCCAAGAACCUGCCCAAGAAGAAACCGGACAGCCAGGGUGUGGCGGCCCAGGGCCCAGCUCAGGGAGACCCCGACCGCUUCUGCAGCAUCUGCCACGCCUCCUUCAACAACCCGCUCAUGGCCAAGCAGCACUACGUGGGGAAGAAGCACAAAAAGCAGCUGACCAAGAUGAAGCUGAUGGAGACCUACGGGCCAUCCUCUGCUCCCGCCUCCACAGUGAAAGGCUACCCAUGUACUGUGUGCAACAUUGAGCUGAACUCUGUGGAGCAAUACCAGGCACACAUCAGUGGUUCCAAACACAAGAAUCACGUGAGGCUGAAGAAAGGGAAUAGUGGCUUUGUUAACCCAUCAGAACCCAUCCAGCCUCAAGACCAGUACAUCCCUGAUCAAGAGCCAGUGCAGGAGGACUGGGGGAAUUACAACCAGGACUACGAGUGAUGAGAUUCCACCACAGAAGAAGAAUGAAAUGGUUCCUGAAGCGUGAGACCCUGAGCAGCAUAUCGGAGGGUACCGCUCAAUGGAUACUCAGUAUACUCAAAUACCAAGUUUCUCUCUCACUUCUCUCUUGCUCUGUCUGCCUUGUCUGUCUCUCACUCCACUCCCCUUUUCCUGCUAACUCCUGUCAUACUGGUCCUGACUCACAGAAGAGGUACUUUAGAUUUGAGCUCCCUUUGCAGUAGUUGAAUCUCAUGGGAGGAGAAAGCAUUUUUAAUAGUGCUGCCCCUUGCGUGUCAUAAGAUGUUAUCUCUGUUGAAUUACAAGGUUUCUAGAUUACUGUGUGACAUCCUGGAAGGAUGUUUGAAGUCUAAAGUGCUGGGCUGUCAAUUUCAGAAGAUGCCUCAUUUGUGUCAUGCAUCUUUGCUGCUGUUGUGGAGG